UGACUCAGAGCUACUCAAUGCCACGGACAAAGAUGGAAUUGUCCACUAAGAAGUUGUUAUCAAAUUGGCUGAAUGGUUGAAUACAAUGAAUAACAAAUCUCAGAUGUUCUUCAUACCGUGGAACUACGAACGUCAUUGGAUGCUUGAGAUCGUUUGUGCUAUGAAGAUCAUUCACUUGGACCCUUGGCUUAGACAUAAACGCCCUAAGAUGACUAUUGACCUCACACUCCAAAGGGCAUAUGAACUGCUCGGAGGUUCCAACGAGUUACUUGGAACAUUUCCAAGAGUAACCGUUGCAGCGUGUCCAAAACAAACAUUGGGAAUUGAAUGUGGUUUUUAUGUAAUUAGGUACAUUAAUGAUAUUGUGAAAGCUCUAAAUUCAUUCGUUCUUAUAAAAGAAAAGUUUAGAAAGAUGGACACAUACGAUGUGGAGACGAUGUUGCUACCACUGCAACAUCAAUGGUUAUCGAAAUUGACACGAUACUUGUACUAG